GAUAAUUUCUUGUUCCUUUGGAAUCGACAGCGGAGACCAGUGGCAAGGACCCUACACCUGACUGUGAUUAUGCCACGCGUCUAAUGCACAGAACUGGCAUCGAUUCAAUCCCCACGCCGAUCUGCAUCUGCAGGAACUUGCAGAUAAUCACUAUUUCAUCCUGCCUCAUGCAACCUACCAAUAGACAUCGCUGACUAUGUAUCCAAGAGAGAUUCGGUCAAGCUUUCAACAUACAUCAGUCAUGCAUGAAUUCGCUCUUUAUGGCCAAGUGGCAAAGGAUUCCCAUCAUCAGACACUUCAGCAACUCGCUGGCUUUACAAGAAUGCAGCCAGUCGACACCCUGGAAAUUCAUCUCGUUUUCAAGGCGCGUCAACCAGCAGGCCUGGACAAGCUUCCUUCUGGCGGUGGUUCUCAGGGCGUUCUGCAACCUGAGAUCCAACGCUAUAGGAAUAUGCUCAAUGCGAGUCUCUACUAUGUGCAGCUUGUAGGUGAGGUGAGUCCCGCCUCGGCUAAAUCGCAGAAACAUGGCAAAUCUACAGACAAAGACGUUGUCAUGUCCGAUGAGACGAACGAGGAGGCCGUGACUGUCCAGUGGUCACUCGAAUUCAAAGACACGCCUGAUGCAGGGAAACAAGCUGUGAGCACGAGACUCAUAUCACGUGUCCCUUUGAACCAAGGCAACCUCACCGAAUUCCUCGACCACUUUGGCUAUGACUAUGUUUCAAGAUAUCUCCUCGUGGGUUCCAAAUUUUACGAUCACGAUACCACUCUUCACGUGCACAAAAUUCUCACUCUCCCUCCAGUAUCAGCCAGCGCUGCCAUCACCGAGAGGUCAUAUCUUUCCAACGUUUCGGAACUGAAGGAGCUCGAUCGCUCGGGGAGUUACUUGGUUCAGGCUUCGAUUGACGUUAUCGAUGGAAACAACCAGGAGCUCAAGGACCGCGCAACACGGCAGUUGCUCAACUUCCAGGAAUCCUUGAAGGCCGCGUUCGACUUGACGCCGGCAGAUCGAUUGGCACUUGACACCAGACUCCCUUCAGCUGUUCGCAGAGUUUGACCAUCAAGCAUAAUCGGACUCUGUGAUAGACUCAUUUGCUCUGGUUUGCAGACGCUCGGUAUCUAUGACAAGACUACAUAAAGGUAGUGGUUCUGCUGACCUCCAUGGAUGUGGGCCAGGCGACACAAGCAUACCUUCGGCCUCUCCGCUCAGCACAGGAUUGGGCAGGUUAUGUGCUGCGGGUUCAACCAGUGAGUGCAUAUGAUGCCAUUGAGGAUUCCCGUGGUAUUCAGGGAGCAGGGUCUUUGGCAAAACAACCAUGAUCCUCAUCUCAGAUUAGCUCCUCCCUCCAACUAUAGGACAUUGGGGCUGUCCCUACCCAUUGCCGGAAGUAUUGUGGCCCUCGAUCCUCAAGCUCAAUGUCUAAGCCGAGGCUUUCGCUCUUAACAAUGAUUAGAUACCUGAGCUCACUACUGGAGUGACUCUCAUAAUGCGUAUCACAACGCAAGCACGACGUUCUCACAAGUCAUCCGAUGUAAAUCUUGACAGGACAAUGUGCUCGAUUCGGGCAUCUUGAGCGAUUUUCAACUGAACCUUUCCUGGAUCAAAUCAAAGGCGUAACAGUCAAACUACCUAUUCUCAGACAAUAGUCGUGGUUUAGUGUACCCGAAGGAUUCUGAUAGCGACGUCAUUGCAACGCAUUUGCUCAAUUAGAAUAGUUGUGUGAUAAAGGACUUUUGUUCAGAACAUAGCUAGGUCACUGAUUAAAU